AUGGCUGCUGCUAUUUCCCAAGUUUUUCCAACCUCAAGACAUCGCCUAUGUAUAUGGCAUAUCGGUGAGAAUUCAAAGAAGCACAUCAAGGGACUAAGAAAUCAAAAAGAUUUUCUAGACAUAUUCAAUUGUCUGUUGAAACAUACCGAUACGGAGGCAGAGUUUGAGCUUUAUUGGACAAGAGAAAAAUGGUGCCCUGCAUUUAACAAAGAUUAUUUUUCUGGUGGUAUUUUAUCUUCACAAAGGAGUGAAACCACAAAUCACUCUAUUUCUAGAAGGUUAUCCAAGACUGCUGGGCUAUGUGAUUUCUAUAGCUCAUUUGUUGGUGUUGUUUCGGAGUGGAGGAGUAGAGAGAACGAGGAAGAUGUCCGGUGUUCUCAAGGUGUACCUACAAUGGCUAUGGAUCACAUUAAGAUUCUUUCACACGCUAGGGAUAUUUAUACGAUCGAGAUAUAUUACUUGUUCGAAGAGCAGUUUUUGAAAGGGGCAUCAUGCUAUCAAGAGUGUGUUCAAUUUGAAGGUGGUGUGUAUAAGUAUCACGUCUGGAGGCCAGAGGUUGAUAUUAUUAGGCAUGAAGUGAUUUUUAACGUUAGAGAGUUAGAUAUUUGGUGCAGUUGUAAGCUGUUCACUGAAACCGGGAUCUUAUGCUGUCACUGUUUACGCAUUUUAAACGUGCAUUGUGUGUCUGAAGUUCCAAAUAAAUAUAUUCUGAAGAGAUGGACUAAAAGAGUUUUGGAAGACGAGAAUGCUGGUAUUAUCCCCCCAUCUCAGUGCUUUAAUGUUCCCUCUUCUGUUUGGACUUUAGAGAUCACUAGGAAAUUUCAGAAGUUGGUUGUUUAUUGCCAAGAAAACAGCGAAGCACGCAAAAUUUUUGAGCAAGCAGUGUUAGAUGCCAAGAGAAAAGUUGAACAUGAGUAUGGCCCUAUUUUCUUCGAAGGUGAAGACUUUGAUGUGGAAUCGUCGAGCGGUGUUAUAAAGGAUCCAUCAAACAGGCGGUUGAAAGGGGUACGCAAUAGGAGGGUGACUAUUGAAGAUGCUAUUUCUAAUAUUGCUGGUAAUGGAUCUCAAGUUGAAGAUGCUAUUUCUAAUAUUGCUGGUAAUGGAUACCUGGUGCAUCCAAUGUCUGGUAAUAUUGCUGGUAAUGGAUACCUGGUGCAUCCAAUGUCUGGAGGUUCAACUUUUUGUCAUUUUAGGUCAAAUUCAAAUCAAGAGGACAAUUAG